AUGCCUCUUGAUCGUGGUCCCUCACCUUUUGCCCUCUGCCAUAGACGUUUCGAAGCCAUGUCACCCCUGGAUAGCGAAGUUCACCCAGUCUUCCAUGCUGGUAGAGUAGCAGUUAUCACUGGCGCUGCGAGCGGUAUUGGUAAAGCUGCUGCUGUCGAAUUGGCAAAGCUCGGUCUGAAAAUUGCAAUGGCGGAUAUCAAGGAAGAUGUCUUGGCCUUUGCUGCCAAGGACAUUAUUUCCAUUGUUGGAGAGGCUAACGUACUUGUCAUUCCGACGGAUGUGUCGAACAUCGACGACGUCGUGCGUUUACGCGACAAGGUCUAUGAGGCAUGGGGUGAGGUCGCGGUUCUCCUCAACAACGCCGCAGUAGGUCCCGACAGCAAAUCUUGGAAGAUGCUAGACAACUGGAAGAAGACGUUCGACGUUAAUCUUUUCGGUGUGGUCAAUGUGCAGCAGACCUUCGUGCCAUCCAUGUUGCACCAGGAGAACCAAGCUGUGAUCAUCAACACUGGAUCCAAGCAAGGGAUCACCAAUCCACCUGGCAACCCAGCAUACAACGCUGCAAAGGCCGCAGUGAAAAGCCUGACGGAAGCGCUCGCACACGAGCUUCGCGAAAGCCCGGCGUGCAACCUUACCGCACAUCUCUUCAUCCCUGGAUGGACCUUCACAGGUUUGACCGCUCGCAACGGUGGCGAUAAACCUGCGGGCGCCUGGACGGCUGAGGAAACAGUUCUCUUCAUGCUCGACCAUGUUCGUGCUGGCGAUUUUUACAUCCUCUGCCCUGACAACGAGUCCCAUCACCAACUUGAUCAAUUACGCGUCAUGUGGGCCGCAGCGGAUGUUGUCGAGGGCAGGCCUGCGCUGAGUCGUUGGCACAAGGACUGGAAGCCCCUUUUCGAAGAGUACGUGCGUGAUGGGUUGGCUAACAUGGAGUGA